AUGGACAACCCUGGAGAUGAUCCGAUUCAAGCUUCUUCUGACGAAGCUGCAUCAGAUUUUCUCAGUUCCCAAGGAACUCUGCAGUCUACAUCGCUCAAUACAACUUUGGAAGAUGUCUCCGAGGUGCAGGCUUCAAACGUCGAUGACCAACUUCAGGGAAACUUGACGGAAAAUCGAGAGUCUGCUGUUAAUCAAGAGUUUUGUGCGGAAAAUCAAGAGUUGGAAAACUUUGAUACCGACAUACCAAAUUGGGAGAUUGAAAAAACCGCGCUAAGUUGGUAAAAAGUAUUUUGACAGUUUUGAUAUUUCAUAAAUUUCAGCACAAGCGAACUUCAACUUAAACCAAGAGCUGAUUGACGUAAAAGAAAAUUUGAAAACGACUUCUCUUCAGAACAAACAACUUUUAGCCGAAUUAUCGCAGAAUAGUGUGUAAUUAAAAGAUUCUCUGGUUAAAACUUUUUUCAGGUCGUGAAAUCAUUGAAGCUACUAAGCAGCGUCGUAUUUUGGAGACUUCGAGAAACGAGUACAGCCAGAGAAACGUUUGAGAAUAUUCUUUGAAGUAGGUAAAGAAGUCGUUUUCAGAUUGAACUAGAAAGUGCUGUUGUUCGACUACGACUCGAAAAAGAAGAAAGAGAUGCCGCAAUUGUCCGCUUGAAUAAGGAAAAGCAAAUGAUUAGCUGUAAAGGGAAAUUCCGAGGCAACACGAGCUGUUAUUUUUUCAGUGGAAGUGAUCGCCACAAACGAUCAACUCAAGCAGUUGAGUGGAGAAAAAGCGGCUCUUCUUUUGACCAUGGAGACUACGCAGCAAGAACGGCGAACUUUGGCGGUAAGAAGGCAUUUUCUUUCCAAUAAACAGUUUUCUUGAUUUCUUAAGUUUGAACAAGAGAGGGCGAAUGCGGAUAAAGAUAUGCAGCUGGAAACCAGGCGUUAUCUGCUUAGAGAAAUUGCUGAAAGAGAUGAGAAAAUAAUCAAACAACGAUUGCAAAUGGUAUACAUUUUUCUUUCUUUUUUUUUCGCUUGCUCAGUAGAAAUGAUUGCAGAGUUCCAAAGAAGUUGAAUUUGUCAACGAACGCCUGGUUUUUGAGAGGAAAAUCGAGAACUUCCAACUGCAGAUUGAAGAGCUGACCGAGAAAUUGGAAUUGUCCAAAAACGACGGUGACAAUUAUCUCAAAAGAAUAGAAGAGGUUUUUAAAGUUUUCCUUCGAACUAUUCCAAUGUUCUGCAGACGGAGAGAAGGUUCAAAUCGGACAUCAGCAAUCUCGAAGCAGAACUCCGAUGUCAGGCAGAAGUGGCCAAUAUCCAUAAGAAUGAUUUGGACGAAGCUCUGCAAGUGGCCGCGUCUUUAAAGUGAAAAAAUCAGGGCGCACCCGGAAAAAGUCUUUUGCAGAGACAAAGUUACGAGCUGUGAAGAAACUCUGGAAACGGCGAAGAGCGUUUUGGUGGAAGUUCAGCAAGAACUCGUCACGCAACGCGAGGAAUUCCAAGCCAAUCUUGCGGAAAAAGGUUUAAAAAAACUGGAUGAGGAUCACUGGAGCUUUCAGAAAACUGCAUUGAAGAACUGAAGGACGAGCUUAAAAAAUCUAAUGAGAUGCUCAAAAGCAAGCAUGCAGGUUUAUUUUUUAGAGUUUUUCUUGAAGGAAAUAGAAUUUUUUCAAAUGUGUCAUCGAAAGUUUCUUCUAUUUCGGUGUAAUUCAGUUCAUGUGAACAUCACGGAAGAAGAGCUUGCGAAAUUGUCUCCUGCAGCAGCGGAAACGGCUGCCCUCUUGCGUGGUGGACAUUCGUACUCGAGCAUCAUUAGGUUUGUUUCUCUUGGGGAUAUAUAUCGGCUUUUAUUCUUGUACAUUCUAUUCUGCAUAAAUGUGAAGACUGAGAUCAGUUUGAUAGAAAUUUAUAUUGAAGGGAACACGCGAGGUUGGCUGGAGAACUGGCUGAGGCUAGAGACAUCAUUAAACAGCUGGAAAACGACCUACAUGACAUUUGCGAUGACGUGCGAGGUGAGCUUUCCGAACUGAGCUGUUUCUAUUGCAGAGCGGGCUCCGCUGUUUCUGUCUCAACGAAACAUGCUUGACGCGAGUUUUGACCAAAACUCUGCGCUUAACAGCCAACUGCAGGUGGGACUUGUUCUGAUGUGUGUUCAAAUCGUAAAGUGUCUAGGAAGCUGAAGCGGAACGUCAGAAGCUCCUGAACGAAAGGGACGCGGCCAAGCGGGAGCUGUUGUUCAUGAGAACCGAGCUGGAGAAGUACCAACGAGACUACGCCCGCGUUACCAAGCAGGUCCACCAGCUCAUGUUCGCCGCCGAACGGGCGAUGCAUGCCGCGGAUCCGGAUUGGAAUGAGUUAGACGACGAGAAACUCUUCACCACGAUUGUCCAACUGCAACAGUUCGACUUUUUUGAUAUUUUCAGUUUUUUUUCUCUUUUUGCAGGCGAAAUAUUCAGUUAGAGUCGGAUAUCGAGCGCGAGAAAGCCAAUGCCACACAGAUUGCGAUGGAUACUCAGGACACUGAACGCGAAAACUUGCGGAAAGAACUCAAAACGGCUAAGGAAGUUGAGGCGAACCUCAUAGAAAAGGCUUCUCAGCUGAAAUCAGCACUCGAUAUUGUUUGUUUUUUGAAAGACGCUGGUUACUCAAGUUUUAAGGUCAAAAGUCAGUCGGAACACUUCCAAGAGCUCAUCAAAGACAGCGUGAGUGCCACGGAAGCUCGAAACUGUCGUCUGCGCGCGGAGGAGGCUGUGGCGAAAGGUUAGAAAAGAGAUUUGACUUCUUCAUCAGAAGGUUCAGGCGAACGUGGCUGAACUUCGGGCUCACAGGUUGGAGGACUAUGUGAAGGUGUUGAAAGAAGAACGUGAUAAGCGCGAAAAGUGGUUGAAGUUCCUUGAAACGUAUUGAAUUUUUUUUUUUAGACUUCUUGAACGAGAAACUGGAAGCUAGUGAGAUGGCGGCUGCAAGCAUUCGGCAAACGAACACGGCGUUGGAAGUGACUCUUGAAAUGCAGAAAAAGUCGGCGAGCGAAAUGUCAAGGGUAUUUUUAUUCCAUAGAUGAAUGGUGGCAGGUUUUUUCUCACAACAGGAGCUUCAAGCACGUCAGAAACAUGUGGAUAAAAUGGCGAAAGACAUCGAGAAGCUUCUGGCGACAGAUGCGAAGCGCGCAGGCCAAGUCGAAGAGCUCAGCAGAAAACUUGUCGAUAUUCAAGAUCAAGCGAGCACGGCCAGGUUGAAUCCCACGGAUUCCCGAUGACCGUGGUCUGGGUUCAGAAUUGAAAAACGCAGUCUCCAAGAUGAACUCAAUUCUUCGAAAAGCGAAGCCACAAGAAUGCGCCUCGAAGUGGACUCUUUGCAGAAAGUUGUUCAGCGAGAACAACUAUUGGUAUGAAAGAAGAAAGAUUUUUUUGAAAAUUGUUUUUACAGAUGUCGUCCCUAAGUGAAGUGACUGCCAGACUUUCACGCAUCGAAGCUGAGAAACAGAGUUAUUCGAACACUCAGCUGGAAGUACGUCGAAAAUUGUUUCAACCUUCCAGAGACCCGACAAUUCUAGGCUUUGCGACUCGAGAGAGACAGUUUGAAGUCGACUUCAGCUCGUCUCUCUGACCAACUGACGCACACCAGAAACGAAGGCAAAAUCAUUCAGGUUUCUCCCGUCGCUUCUGACCGCUUUAUGACAUUUUAUUCCUGAUCCAGGCUCGCUUGGAACACGAACUCAUUUCAUUGAGAAGCAUCCUGAGCGAGAAAGAGCAGCAGAAGGCGGUUGUUGACCACGAGUUGUUGGAUUUGCGGUCGAAGCUCGUUUCCAUUCAAGAACAGUAUACCCAGAACGACACUAUUGGUUUUUUUUAAUCGAUAAUUUUUUAAUUUUUAUUUUUCUCAAGGAAUGACCCCUGAUCGACUCAAACGAGAGUGUCAACAAUUGAAGAACCGAGUUCAGUUCCUGGAAAAUCAACUGGAUGAAGUAAAAAACAGUUUGAGAGAAGCAGAGGCUGACCGUGUGAAGAGAUUCGAUGAGAAGACAUUGUUUGGAAGGAAUCCAUCAUAAUUCAUACUUUACUAAUCAUUACAGAGUUGAAAAACACAGUGGCGUUCUCGAGGAGAACCUCAAAACAACCCAGCAAAUGGGUGCGAUGGAAAGAGAACGGCUCGAAGCCAAAAUCAUUUCUUACGAAAAGUUUGCCCGAUUCAAUGACUCAAACAACUUUUUGCUCUGUUCAGGCGCACUUCCGAGCUUGCGGAGUCGGUGAAACUGCUUCGAGAAGACCGCGAGGCGGCGAAAUCUGAACUUCUGAACUUGCAAAUUUCUUCGGAUCAGGUGGAAAAUGUCUCUAUUCGUUUUAUUGAGCUCUAUUGGAUUUUAAGGAAACACAGAAUCUGAAACGGCAGUUUGACGUUGCCAACUUGCAACUGGAAGACGUGCGUUCGCAGUUGAACGAGACUAAGGCCUCCAUGCAAGAGUUACAAGCGGAAAUCGAUCGCAAGACUUUCGAGAUUUCCCAGGUACAGUUAAGAUUCUCCAUGUGGAUUUCAUAUAGUUUCAGAUCAACGAAACGGCCAACGAACUUCAAGGAAACUUGAUCGAUGCUGAAGCUAAGGCGGAAUCUUUGAAUGCUCAACUCGAUUGCAAAAUCAUGGCGUUGGCAGCUGCUCAAGAUGCUGUUAAGCAGGUAAUCUGGUAGACGAAAUAUAUUCUUGUGUUAGAGGGACGCAAAAAAUGAUCGUGGCUCGUGGCCAUGAAACUAGGGUUUUUUUUUUGCUUUUUUUUAACUUUUCAGUUUAGAACAGUUACCACACGUUUAAUCAAAAAAAUAUAUAUAUUGAGCGAUUUUCCUAGGAAACGUUUUAAGGAAAGAUGUUCAGGCCGACGAACAACGGGCUGCGGCGACAGCGACGCUUGCUACCAAGGAUGCCGAGAGAGACUCUUUGAUCAGAGAGAACCGGGAGAAGUUGGCAGAGUACGAGCAAAAACUCAAUGAAAUUGUCCAGCAAUACGAAGCGGUAAUAAUCCACUCCUCUUAAUAGCAACCUUCAGAAGUUCAGGUGGCACUCCUGACUUCUCAAUCUACAUUGGAGACUUCGAUGAAUCCGGCCCCCGAAGGUCAAAGCAGAAGCGACAAUUCUUCAACGGCCUUGGUCGAAUCGCUGCAAACUGUUUUGCAGUUUGUGCGCGAAGAAAAAGAAAAGGUCUAGAAGUCUUUAACUUUUUUUGAGUCUCUGCUCUCCAGGCGAUGACGCGGUCGAUGAAUGCAGAGGUCGAAAUGCGCCGUCUACGAGCCGAAACGGCGGAGUACGAGCGCGGGAGAAGCGAAUUGCUGGUUCGCAUCCGCGACUUGGAAACUGAGCGAGCGGCAAAUUCUGUGGCUUUGGUAGAAAGGUCGCGCCUCGUGAGUUUCCAACUUUCUCCCUCUCGUUUUGAUCUAAAUGUUUGAGAUGGAACAAAUCGAGUCGUUGAGCAGUGUGCAGCGGGAAAAUGCCCAGCUGAGUGCAGAAAAGCUUCGUCUGACAAAAGAGCUUUCCGAGGCUCAGAAACAGGUUACCAUAUCUUUAACUUGCAGCAAAUAAGCCAUUUUUAUUUGAAAAAAGAAAAUGCUAAUGAUCCUAGUAGCUUAAUUUUUUCAGUCCUUUUUCAAGCCUUUAAAUUAAGUUUUUUUCAUUGGAAGCCUGUGCAAGCCAGGAUUAUGUUUUAGAGCAUGAAAAAAUCGCUAUAAAGUCGAUUUUUCAUAAAUUUUAUUUUUGAGAUGGCAAACACAUUUUGAAUGUUCAACAAACGGGCAGCUACAGUAACCUUUUUCAUUCAGAAAUCCCUUUCCGAGGGGAGACUUCAGCAAUUGACGGGGGAACUGCAUCAGAACAAAAUCAACUUCACCAACGCUUCAGCAGAAAUUCGUAACAGAAGAAGAGAGAACGAGCUUCUCAAACAGCGCCUUCAAAGCACUAACACUUCUGCUUCUGCUGCUCUUCAGUAAGUCGUUUUUUUUUCUUUCUACCUGUAGGAAACUUUUGCAGAAGCGAAAUCGAAGAACUCAAAAAACAAUUCAACCAGAAGGUCCAAGAGUUAGAGGUUGCUAAUGAACAUGCAACGAAAAGCGAGAAAGCCAAGAUGGCUGCUGAGUGAGUUUUUUUGUUCAAAUUCAGUAUUGCAUAUGAUAUGAAAACCUUAUCAAAAGCGGCUUAUGUCAGAAAAAAAGCUAUUUCAACUCGAUUAAAUAUUACAUUUUUUUUUGCAGGGAGGAAGUGAAAAAAAGUGAAAUGAAGUGCAGUCAAACCAGGGCUUUGGCUGUCAAAUACAGGGAUGAGGUAAUUUUUUAAAAAUUCAAUUUGGAUGUGUUGCUUUUAGACAAUUGAUGCGAUAUAUCAGAUUUAUUAA